CCCCCAGCCCUCGCCCACUUCCCAGAUGGUGGAGACGCAGUUUGUGCUGUCCUUCGUGCACCGCUUCCUGGAGCACCGCGGCGCCACCACCUACUUUGCCUUCUGCUACCCCUUCUCCUACACGGAGUGCCAGGAGAUGCUGGCGCAGCUGGAUGGCCGCUUCCAGGAGUGCAGGCACAUGUCUCCCAGCAGCCCCCUCGACUCAGUCUAUUACCACCGGGAGCUGCUCUGCCACUCCCUGGACAAGCUGCGAGUGGACCUGCUCACCGUCACCUCGUGCCACGGCAUGCUGGAGAAGCGGGAGCCCCGGCUGGACAAGCUCUUCCCAGACACGACCACUCCACGGCCGCGCCGCUUUGCAGGGAAGAGGGUGUUCUUCCUGAGCAGCAGAGUCCACCCAGGAGAAACACCCUCCAGCUUCGUCUUCAACGGCUUCCUGGACUUCAUCCUGCGUGAGGAGGACCCCCGCGCGCAGAUGCUGCGGCGGAUGUUCGUCUUUAAGCUCAUUCCCAUGCUGAACCCCGACGGGGUGGUGCGAGGUCACUAUCGAACCGACUCCCGUGGGGUAAACCUGAACCGCCAGUAUCUCAACCCUGACGCCGAGCUGCACCCUGCGGUCUACGGGGCCAAAGCUGUCCUCCUCUACCACCACGUUCACAGCCGCGUCCUGCCAGGCUCUCCUGACUGGAGGACGUACGUCUCGCCACUCAGCACCAGCUUGCUAAGCACAAAAUCUUCCAACCAUUCCAUCCGCAGCAGCGCCCCGUCCCCAGAGGCUGCCCUGUCAGAGCUGGAGAAAGCCAAUAACCUCCGCAACUCGCCCAGCGCCUGGCGUGCCAGCAUGUACUUCAGCCCUUCUCAGGAACCCCGGCUCUCGGGAGUGCCUGCCUCUGAGCGGGGCAGCAAGGAUCCUGUCUGGAUCCUCCCUUCGAGCCGCACCGCAGAGCACUGUGAGGAGGAAGCCAGGAGGCCUCCGCCACCACCUCUCCCCGAAACCAUCCUGCCCCAGGACAGCGGGCUGGCCUACUACAUCGAUCUCCACGGGCACGCCUCCAAGCGCGGCUGCUUCAUGUACGGCAACAGUUUCAGUGAUGAAAACGAUCAGGUGGAGAACAUGCUGUUCCCCAAACUCAUCUCCUUGAACUCACCUCACUUUGACUUCACGGGCUGUAACUUCUCGGAGAAGAACAUGUACGCCAAAGACAAGCGGGACGGGCAGUCUAAGGAGGGCAGCGGGCGAGUGGCCAUCUACAAAGCCUUGGGGAUCAUCCACAGCUACACACUGGAGUGCAACUACAACACGGGGCGCUCGGUGAACAGCAUCCCCGUGGCCUGUCACGACAAUGGGCGGGCCAGCCCGCCGCCCCCUCCUGCCUUCCCCUCCAAAUACACCGUGGAGCUGUUUGAGCAGGUCGGGAGAGCCUUGGCUGUGGCAGGGCUGGACAUGGCCGAGUGCAAUCCCUGGCCCCGGAUCGUCCUGUCGGAGCACAGCUGCCUCAGCAACCUGCGCGCCUGGAUGCUGAAACACGUGCGUGGCAUGAAGGGCGCAGGCGGGGGGCCGGGGAGGAGAGGAGGUGCCAGGACCCCCCCCAGGAGCUCCACCGGGCUCCCCACCUCGGCCUCCGAUAACGCCCUGUCCCGCAUGAGGAGCUUCAGCAACGGCACCAGCGGGAGCGGCAGCAGCCAGCAGGACUCGCCGCAGAUCAAAGCCUCCCCCAGCUUCACCUUCAGCUGCAGCAGGCCCUCGGCUCCGGCCGCUGCGAGCCAGAGUCCUCAGAAAGGCAGCAGCAGAGCCCCGGCACCGGGCAGAGGCACGUGCUGCGCAGCAGUCGAUGGUGGCGCAUGACUCUGGUCAUGGCGAGGCAGGCUGGCGGAGCUGUAAUUAGUCACUGGGGGCUUUGAACAUGCGGUGAGUCCUGUCCGG